AUGAAUUUGAUAUGGGGGUUUGAUCCUAUAGAAUUACUGACAAAAACGGUGUUUCCAAACCACCAUCUCGAACAACUAUUGCGAUAUUCAAAAGAUGCUAGAAUGCUGGCAAUCAGGAAACUUUCGCUGGAUAUUCUUGGUGAUCCAGAAGCUUUUCAAAACUACAAGCGCGUCUAUACCCACAAAACCCACAAUCAACCAUCUUUCAGAUUCAAUACAAAACCAUACCCAUCUACUACUGUGCAUACUUUUGCGGGAAAUAUAACACCUUCAAGUUGGUCCAUCUCGGAGCGCAAUACAGUGCAUGAAAUAGCACAUGCGGGGUUGCAAUCUCAUACCCAACGAAAUACGCCAGCUACAAUAGGAACUGUUGGUUCACAAUCCAACCUAUUUCACGACACCAAGACAAGUACUAGAUUAAGGGUUGACCCAUCUCAUCAUUUAGGCUUUUCAAAUGUAUCUUCUGUCCAACAAAAGCCCAAAGUUGCUGGCGAAUCAAAAGGAAAUGCAGCUGUAUUGAUCAAUAACGCUUCAAAGCAUUUGAUGCAUCAGCAAGCCAAAUCUGCAAAUUUAGUUGGACAGUAUCAUAAAGAUUCAUGUCAGCCUUAUUCCGUACUGGAUGGCGAAUUGUCAGCUAUGGAAAAAAUCAGUCGUACUCAGUUGGCAAGAAGCGCUGCAUCGCUAUUGAUUCAAAGCUGUUUCCGUGGAUGGCGAACAAGAAAACGAUUUAUUGCUGUCAUGCAUGCUCGACUUUCUAUACAAACAUUUCUUGAAGUUCCAAAGAUUCUAGAAGGACUUCCAGACGUCAAGGAUCUCACAACUCAAGAAUUAGUGUGGAGACGCUAUUUGCAAUACUGCCAUUAUUUUGAUAAACGAAAAAUAAUACCUCCGGAAUAUUCACAGUUUUGUGCAGCGUAUAUCCAAUCAAUAUGGCGAUGUUUUGUUGUUCGUCGCGCAUAUGUAGAAAUUCAAACCAUGUGUGUUGAUAAAUCAAACGUUAAAGCUAAAUUGGAGGCACGAAUUCGGCUAGUUCGUUAUACCCAACGACCUCGUGCGGGCGAUCGAGUGGUUGAAAACUCGGCAUCCAAGAUUCAAAGAGUUUGGCGUAGAUACUAUAGUAUGCGCAUUUAUAAAUUCUAUCGCAAUUUGAUCAAAUAUAGUGAGCAAGGCAAUCCAAAGCGGUUAUUGAAGUUUAUCAAUCCAAAAGAAGCUCAGUAUGUGGACGAUAGUCUUGGUACACAUAUCCGAUUUCGGCUAGGCGGGCAUAUAUUUCCACCAACGAUCUACUACAAAGUGUUUGUGCACAAGUCUAUUGUUGAUAUGAAUGCGUUUAGUCCAAGAAAUUAUACAGACGAAAAGAUUAAAACUAUUACGCCUCGUCAAAGAUUCCAUAAAGGGUAUAUUUUGUCUCCACCAAGCGAGUCUGAGGAAUGGUAUCAACGGUUUGAAAAUAAUGAAUGGCGACCCGUAUCUGAUGCGACCUGGGGAGCAAAUAUUACCUAUCUUCACAAUGCAAUUCUACCAACUCAAUCCAAACGGCCUUUUCAUCAUAUAAAACUUAAACGACACCAAGAUAUGCUCAAGCGACGGAAAGAACGUAAGCUUGAUUGGAUGCGCCAUAUCUAUCAGCAAGGGCUUGAAACCGUCUAUAUAUCUGCUCCAUCACCACCCGAUCCACUUGAAUUUGUAUCCGACAUUACAAAAGGAUUAGAAACCAACCUAGAUCAAUUAAAGCCUCUUGGUGGAUAUGGUGAAUACACUCAUCCAACUCAUACACCGCCUCAUACAGCCAAAUCCAAUCCCAAAGCUGAAUUAGUCAACCAGCUCAAUCACGCAUGUGACGAAAAGGAGAUUGAAGCGUUGUUGAAGGAUGCGGAAUCUGAAUUUGACUCGGAUUUUUUGAUCAAAUGGACUCGUGCAUUGGAUUUUGAAUCGUAUCAGGAAAAUUGGUCAGUUUUGGCUACAACUCACUCGCAUCAUCCAAAAAAAUGGCUGAAUGACUGUGAUCAAAUGACCGAAACUAGAGUCAAUGAUGUACGGACAGCACCAUUGAAUCGGUUGCGCGGAAUGACAGAAACAUCACAUGUAAAACCUAAAAUAAAUCCACAUAGCAGAUCUCUAAAUGGUACGGCCGAUUUACUUUUACCGGAUUUACAUGUUCGCAAACAAAGACCUGUAUCAGGAAGAUCAGAUGGAUCAGAUCGUUCUAUAAGAGAAAUGCUUUUGACUGAUCACGAUAUAGACGCAUUUUAG